CCAAAAACCCCUACAGCAAAGCUGUGCCGGGGUCUGGGGUCGCUGAGAAUCAGUGUGGGCGGGAUCAACGGUUUCCUCUGCACUCAAUGCAACGCAAUAGGAUGGCGAACAACCAACCAGAGUGAUGAGGAAUGAUUACGUAUUGCAGCGCGACAGGAAGUACUUGGUAGAGUGUAGGCAGUAGGAAAUAGAACGAAUGCCAGGCCAGCGAGCGUUUUCUCUACGGGCUAAUGUCAGAGUGAGAGGAAAGAUUUACCAACUAGCACUCCAAUCUGCUAUUGUAGAGACUGCACGCGAACUACGUGAACAUGGAAAUGAAUGAUUGUUGCCGUUUUUGCAACAAAAAUAUGCGAAUAUCUGGCGUGAUUUCUAAUUCAGCACUUAUCUUUGACAGCCAGAAAGAAAAACAAACCAUUGCUGACAGAUUAAUGCAGGUUGGCGUGUCGGUGUUGAAAACACAGACAAAAUCGAACAGAAUUUGUAGGCCUUGUGUGCGGUUACUAACGAGAAUGGAACAGGACCUGCCGGUGUUCCGAAGAUGGGUGCAGGAGGAGGGAGCAUCCACCACGACUUCAGAUACCUCUGGUUCUACACAGAAACGUGACCGCGAGCCGACUCCAUCCAAAACACCAAGGGCAUUGAAAAAGUUCUGUGAUAAACCAGCAAGUCCGGGAAAAGGGGCUGCCGUUCGUGUCAACAUCGCCCAGGUCAUUUCUGAUCAAGAGGUGCACAAAUCUGAGAAUGCUUUGUUGGUGAAACAUAUCAUGAACAAAAAAUGGAAAGCAGCGGCCAAACUAAUCAUGAAGCAUGAGGAGCUUUCACAGGAAGUGAAGGCCAGCAUCCUUACAGUCAUUGAAAGUGAAUCCAGAGCACUCUGCGACCCCAGCAAGAAAUGCAUGUUGUGGAGGUCUUCACCAGAAGAUUUGAGUUCUUUCUCAUUUAGCAGCCUGGAGUCAGACCUGCAGCGCCUCUCACCACUCCUCUUGUCCAUCUUCACAACCAUCACAAAACACUCACGUUUUGUCACCUGUGCUGCUGCUGCAAUUGCAUUAAGAGGUAGAGAAAAUCGCCUGUCUGGGUUCGCUUACUACAUCAACUGCAUUCUGCAAUAUGGGGGUGCAAAGAAAGCAGUGUUUGAAAGGCUCAGCAAAUUUGCCAUUUCAACAACAUACAAGAAUGCUAUUGGAAAGCAGAAGGAAUUGGCAAACAAUUGUGGAUCUGGUCUUUGGUCAUUGAAGAGGCAAAACGAAGAAUUCCUGGCAAUGGAAGCUGGGUGUCAGCCUGUCAGUGAAGAGCAGGACGAAACCUCCAUAGAUGCCUGGACGGAGUCUGAGAUGAUACCCGGUGAUGUGUUCCGAAGUAUGGAAGACCUUCGAAUAUCAGGAGAAUUAGCUGAAAGCUGUGCCACAGACCAGGCCACAUCAGGGGAAGGGAUCACAUCUGAGCUGGCUGAAAACGUCACGGAGCAGGCAACAUCAGAUAAAGAGUUGAGGACCUCAUCAGAGUUGACUGAAGGAAGUGCCGUGGACCAGGGUUCUGGACAUGAUGUGAGGAUCACAUCUCAGUCGUUGGUGGAGAAGUGCUCGACUACACCACACACUUAUUCCAUCAUCUUUGAUAAUUUAGAUUUUUUCAUGCACACACACCACCAGUCCACCCUACACAGUAACAAGUCAAUUCAUUGGAUACACCACAUCGCUGUCCAGGACCGUGUCCCCAUUUAUCACCUGGCUAAUGACAAACCAAUUGGAAAUCUUCUGGACUAUGACCUGAAUUUGUCACUCCCUAGCCAGAAUGAACAAAUGCAGAUGCGAAGAGAGUUCAUUGUUUUCACCAGCCGAAUCCUGUCUAGCUAUCUGUCUGUAUUCAAGCCAUUCUCCAAUGUGGUUGUGCGACACAUACCGCAUCAGUAUUCAGCAGAAAUGGCGCAGCAUUCCACUGAUGUAAGAACUUAAAACAAUACAUA